AUGGGAAAUAUGCUUAUACUCUGCGUGAUCCUCAUUAACCCCCAAUUACACAUUCCAAUGUACUUUUUUCUCUGUAUCUUAGCCAUUCUGGAUUUGUGUAUUUCAACAUCUGUUGUGCCCCGGAUGCUUUCUGACCUGAUUUCCCUUCAAAAAACAAUCUCAAUUGGUGCUUGUAGCCUUCAAUGCUUCAUGAUACUUCUUUUGUCUGGUACAGAGUCUCUGCUCCUUGCUCUCAUGGGUUAUGACCGAUAUGUUGCCAUUUGCCACCCUCUGCGUUAUCCAAUUCUGAUGAGAUGGAGUGUAUGUUACCAACUGACUGCCUUUUGUAUAGAUAAUGAGUUUCAUAGUCUUCAUUUUUCCACCUCUUGCUGUGCCAGUGGUUCUAUGUUAUCCCAACCAGGUCAAUCAUUUUAUGUGUGA